UAUGGUUCCACUCUAUCUUCCCCUUUCUGUCAACAAAAGCUAGGGCACAAAAAGGAGAUCCCUCGGCGGCAGCCCUCCCCAGAUCGAAACCCUUCCCUCUCCCCCGUCCCCUCCCUCCGAUCCGUCUAUCGAUCUCCUCCUCCUCCUCUCGCUCGAUUGGUCGACGCUUGGGAACCAGGAGGGCGGAAGGGAGUCGAGGGCCGCGUGCACGAGAAGGAACCUUGGACGUGUCCAUCUCUUCCCUUCCCCGCUAGAUCGCUGUUUCGCCGGACGUUUGCAGGUCCUUGGAACUUCCUCGAAUACCUCGUUUCGAAAAGUCGGAUCUUUAGGCUUUCCGGCUUCUUCGUUUUGGUCCCCAUCUUUUUCUAGGGUUUCCGCCUCUUUGGCUGCCUCAUUUUUCCUUGUUUUGUUUGUUUACGCUUCAAUCCGGACUCUGCUUCUGCUUCUGUGGUAUGGAAUAUAAAUGCACUCCUUUCUAGUCUCCCAUCCCCAAAUCUGACCUUAUGGGAUCGGAGGAGGUGAUGGGGUCUGUUAACGGAGAUAGAGUGGAUGAGCAGAGCGUCGUGGAGGUGCGGACGGAUCAACGAUCCGAGGCUUCUGAGAUUGCUGGGUUGGUCAUCGAAGCCGGGAAUGUUGAUGCUAGUGCUCUCGUCGGUAGGUAUGUGAGCAAGGAGACUCCUGGAGUCAAGAGACCCCUCGUUGGUAAGGUGGCGUCUUACGACCACGGAAGUGGAUUGUACACUGUCGUCUAUGAGGACGGGAAUCGUGAGAAUUUGGACCGUUUGCAAGUCUCCAAGAUCGUCAUUGCUGAGGACACCAGGGUAGGCUCAAACAUGAAGCUUAGCUGUAGGAAGAGGAAACUUGACCUUCUAGUCUCUUCUGGUUCACAGGACACGAAUGUGCCUCCUCCGAGGACAAGGUCCAGGAAGAAUGCCCCAUGUGCUUCUGAUGGAGCUGACACCUCUUCGCAUGGCAGGACAGAUUCUGACCUCUCUGAAGAUGCUGACUCUUCUAGCAAUUCCUGUGAUUACGUGCAGGGUCCUUCAUCCGUCGCAUCUCCAGAGAUCCAUAUGUUAGAAUUGCCCCCGUCUUCUGGGGAUAUUCUGAUUUCUGAGGAAUCAAUUAGUUAUCUGUUCUCUGUAUAUAGUUUCUUAAGAUCAUUUAACAUUCAGUUGUUUUUGAGCCCCUUCGGACUAGAUGAGUUUGUUGGAUCACUCAAAUGUACGGUCCAGAAUUCUUUGCUGGAUGCCAUUCAUCUAUCGCUUAUGCGGGCUUUGAGGCAUCAUCUUCAAGUGCUUUCUUCUGAGGGUUUGGAGCUCGCUUCAAAAUGCUUAAGAUAUUACGACUGGAGUUUGCUUGAUGCAUUGACUUGGCCAGCUUUCGUAGUUGAGUAUCUGUACAUAAUGGGAUAUAUGAGAGGUCUGGAUGGGAAGGAAUAUGGUGCCAUGCUUUCAAAUGGCGAGUAUUACAGUCUUCCUGUAACAAUAAAGCUUAAGGUUUUGCAAAUACUAUGUGAUGAUGUAAUGGACUCUGCAGAACUCAGAACUGAACUUGAAAUGCGUGAGAAUUUGGAUGAUGACGUAGAAGAUGGUACUGAUAUUAACUUUCCACUUGGGGAUGGGCCAAGGAAUGUGCACUCUAGAUCUCUCAAGAAUUCUGCUUCUAGGAGCAUGUGUGCUCUUCAGGAUUCCAAAGAGCCACCAAAACAAAUACCAAGCUCGAAAGUAACGGAAUCUAAUGCAGAUGUUUCUAGUGCUGAUACAGAUGGUAACAGUGAUGAAUGUCAGCUCUGUGGUAUGGAUGGCACUUUGAUUUGUUGUGAUGGGUGUCCCUCUGCAUAUCAUUCUAGAUGUAUUGGCCUGAAUAAAGCAUUUCUACCAGAUGGGCCAUGGUUUUGUCCAGAAUGUACAAUUAACAAACUUGGUCCUACAUCUUUUAGAGUAGGAAGGAGUAUAAAAGGAGCGGAGGCUCUUGGCGUUGAUGUUUGUGGACGAUUAUUCUUGGGAACAUGCAAUUACUUGCUCGUGAUUGGGACAUCAUUGAAUGCAGAGCCAUUUUAUAGAUACUACAAUCAAACCGAUGUCACCAAGGUCUUAAACUUGAUGUCUUCAGUUGCAGAAAAUUCAUCAUCAUAUGCUCAUAUCAGCACUGAAAUAUCGAAAUACUGGGAGGUUCCAGCAUCCACUCUGGAGGCUGGACAAAUUAAACCUGUAGGUAAUUCUCUCGCUAAUGCUGAAACCUUUAAACAUGGUGCUCUAUUUUCCAUUACCUUGAUUAAGAGGUCCAUUGACAAUGUUACAGGGGGAAAUCAUAUUUAUACAGAUAGGGAGAGUGGUGCAGAUGUUGAAGCUGGAGUUCGCAGUUCUGUAUUGAACUCAGUGAACCAAUUUAGCUUUCCUGAACAGCAGGAGUCUGCUAAAGAAAAGUGUAAUGAUGCUACAGAUAAGACAGAAUUAGCUUCACAUGGAAUUUUGUUAUUUCCGAGUGAUGAACAAUUUUCUUCAAAAGUUAUUAGUGAGACUGUCCAGAAGAUUUUCCCGGAUACUCACACAAGAUCUAGUAAGCAAUUGGGUAAUGGAUCUAUGAUGACAACCAUGUCAUUCUCAAACUUGCCAUAUGCCUCUCAAAGAUCAAUAGUACCUGAUAUUUCAAGUUGCGCCUCAACGAAUGAGUAUGGAAUGUGUAGGGCAGCUGCAGGUAGCUCAUACUUUUCCAACAAGAAUGAUGCUGUUGGUGCGUUUGGUGGAGGCAGACAUGGAAGCCAAUAUUCUGUUGUGCAAGAAAGAAAUGAUAAAGCCUCAAAUAAUAGAGUUUUCUUCAACCCUCAGUCUUAUGUCAACCAGUAUAUCCAUGGUGACAUUGCUGCAUCUGCAGCUGCUAAUUUGGCUAUUCUUACAACUGAAGAGAAAAGAUUUUCAGAUGCUCAUAUUUCUUCCAACUCCCGGAAAACUGUGGCUGCAAGCAUUGCACUGCAAAUGAAAGCAUUUUCCAGAGCUACAAUGUAUUUUUUGUGGCCAACUUAUGAGAAGAAACUGAUGGACAUCCCAAGAGAAAGAUGUGGUUGGUGCAUUGCAUGUAAAGGUUCAAUUACAAGCAAAAAGGGAUGUUUUUUAAAUUUGGCUGCCACCAAUGCGAUUAAAGGAUCUGCUAGAAACAUUAGUGGACUUCGUCCAACUAAGCAUGAAGAAACUCACUUUCCGGUCAUCGCAGCACAUAUAGCAAACAUGGAGACAACACUGCAUGGUCUAAUUGUUGGGUCAUUUCUAGAUACACAGUAUAAGCUGCAAUGGCGAAAACUUGUUCGAGAAUCCUCCAGCUGCAGGGUCCUGAAAUUUCUACUGCUUGAACUUGAGAAGAAUAUUCGUGGAAUUGCUUUUUCUGGAGGCUGGUUUAAACUGAUAAUUGAUGGACCAUCGGGGUUUUCUGCACUAAGUGGUACAUCUCGCUCUGGACCAAGUCAAAAGCGUGGGCCUGGUAGGCGGAGCAAGAAACAAUAUGCAUCAUCUGAAUCUGCAGUUGUGUCAUCAGAGGAUAGUGGAAAAGAUGUGCAAUGGUGGCGUGGGGGGAAGUUCUCUGAGGUUAUUCUUCAGAAUGGGACUCUUCCAAGUUCUCUGGUCAGAAAAGCUGCUCGUCAAGGUGGUUUUCGAAGGAUACCUGGUAUUUGCUAUCCUGAAAGUGUUGAUCUUCCUAGAAGAAGCCGGCAGCUUGCUUGGAGAGCUGCUGUUCAAAUGUGCAAAAAUGCAUCUCAGCUUGCUCUUCAGGUCAGAUACCUUGACUCCCAUAUUAGGUGGAGAGACCUUGUUCCUCCUGAGCAAACCUCUGUGGAUGGGAAAGGUUUAGAUGGUGAUGCUUUGGCUUUUAGAAAUGCAGUCAUAUGUGAUAAAAGGGUUGCUGAGCAUAAGAUGAUGUAUGCUCUUACCUUUUCAAAUCAGAAGCAUAUCCCUUUACGUGUAAUGAAAAAUGUUUUGGAAAAAGAAACUAUCAAUAACGAGUAUAGUAAAUUGUGGUUUUCUGAAAAUCAUAUCCCAUUAUACUUGAUAAAGGAAUAUGAAGAGAAAAUUGGUGGGAAACCAUUGUCUGGUUCAAUGACAUUAGGCUCAAAUGUUCAGCCAAAGUUUCGGAAAAAGCAAGUAAAAUCUCGAAGGGGAGAUAUUUUUUCUUAUCUGGCGCACAAGGGGGACAAACCUAGCAGCACUUCUUGUGCAUCAUGCAAAGAAGAUGUCAUUUUGAGGGAUGCUACAACAUGCAGCAUUUGUCAAGGUAAAUGUCAUAAGGAUUGUGCAAUACCUUUGAUUGAAAGAAAGGGAACCAAUUUAGCAUACAAUAUCACAUGCAAAAUAUGUUACCAUGCUAAAACUGCGGCUCUGAACGCAAGUCGUAAGGAGAUCCUCAACAGUCAGCUUCCUUUACGAAGGCAAGAUCAGCUGAUGUCUGGGAACAAAUUCAUGCCUCAGAUGACAGCUCCUUGCUCUUCAGGAUCCACUGGUAAGGCUGAGGUUCAAGGAACAAGAUCAUCUAAGUUAGAAGGCAACAAUAAACGUCGGACAUGCCUUUCAUAUGGUCUCAUAUGGAAGCGGAAAAAGGGUGAUGAUUCGGGCAAGAAUUUUAGAUUAGAAAAUAUUAUUUUGAAAUGUAAGGAGGGAAUAAAUCCGCCGAGGAAUCCUACUUGCUGCCUUUGCAAUUCUCCUUACCAUUCCAACCUGAUGUAUAUCCGAUGUGAAAAAUGCCUAAAUUGGUACCAUGCAGAUGCUUUGGAACUUGAGGAAGCCCAAAUCUUUGAUUUAGUUGGGUUCAAAUGCUGCAGGUGUCGAAGAAAAGCCUCACCAAAAUGCCCAUAUCUUAAAACAGAUUCUAAGAAGUUGGAGCCAGAACAUAUUGACAAGCCAAACACACUUGAAGGGUCCAUGUCAGAUCUUCCUUUAUUAACACAUUCAUCUAACCCGGUGUCACAUACGGCGGAUGGAGAUAUGGUUGUGGUGAAUGGUGAUCCUCUGCUUCAUUCUCUUGGAGUAGUUGAGCCACUUCCAGUUCAAACACUGGAGACUGGGGCUCAAAGCCAGCAAAAGUUGUCUGUCAGAAGGCCUCACUUACUACAUGCAACUGAUUUGUGUUUUGAGAGCCAGUCUCCUGAAAGAAAUGAUAUAUCACAUGAAAUAGAUGACUAUGAUUUCUCUAUGACAAACGAUGAGAUUUUUGCAAAUUCUUCUGACAUGGUAUCAUCAUACGACUUGCAAGAAAGUGGUGGAUGUGCAGCUGUUUCUGUUGAUGAUGCUGACUGUGUCUACCAGUGGCCUGAUCAAAUGUGUGGAAGCAUCGAGGACGCAGAGUAUGAACCACAGACCUACUUCUCAUUCACGGAGCUGUUGGCAUCUGACGAUGACCAACUACAUGUAUCUGAUAACAACAUGAAUGCAGUAGAGAUUGGAUUCUCAUCAAGUUGUGGCGAGGUCAGAUCUUUUGAAGCACCUGCUUUUGAUGGAUUAGGAUCAGAAGAGGUGCAUUCUACCGGCGAGGAGUUGGUCGUUAAGGAGACUACCUUUAACGGAGUGGCAUGUGACAUUUGCAAGCUUGCCCAUCCAUCUCCAGAUCUUAGUUGUGAAAUAUGUGGGCAGCAUAUCCAUUCUCAUUGUUCUCCUUGGGUUGAGAGUGAGCAGCCUUCUAGUGAUGCGAACUGGAGAUGUGGAAGAUGUCGAGAUUGGCGGUAGUUAAGAGCUGGUUCUGUCUUGAUUUCUAUAUCGCCAGUUCUGUGAACACGGUCAAUAAAUACACCAGUAAAAGAUACAGGACAGGCCGCCAGAAGGGAUUCUUCUGGUUGUGAGGUGCUCUCCAACAAAGGUACCAGAUAAAACCAGCUUCGAUUGCUUAUGGAAACACGCAGACCUUUUUUGUGGAUUUGAUGGAAUGGCAUGGAUGCUACAUUUCGAGGAUCCUUUUUAUGUAGGUUUGGCAUAAGCAUCCUGUGGGAGUUUGUUUCUAUUCAACUUAUACUGGUAAGAAUUAGUGGCUACAUGAUAGGUGAGCAUGUCAUGGUGUAUAUAUAAGAGGUUGAAAGAAGGGCUGAGGUGGGAGAGAGGUGGGCGCUUCGUUUUGGUGAUACAUCUGAUUGAUUUCCCAGGAGAUAGUUCACACAUUAUCUACGCCAUUGCUGAAGGACAAAAAAAGAGAGGAAAAGUUUGGCAUCGCAUUUUGUGAAAUCCAUCGUGGAUCUGCACAGCGCUUUGACUCGCUGCGGCUGCAUGAUUCCUUCGGGCGGGUGCAGAUGAAUUAGGAUUUCUGGUGCCCCGUUACUGUUUGUUCAGACUUGUUAUAGCUGCAUCUGUUCUCCCAUUUCUGAUUGUACUUUGAAGUUUGAAUGAAUAUCUUGAAAAGAAUUGAGCUCAAGGGUACUAAUCAUUUCUGCUUGAGGUUGAGCCUUUUUAGAUUAUGGAGAAGAGGGUUGAUUCACUGAGAGAGCCUUGUAUCUAAAACGUGUGUUUUAGAAUAGGGUGCCUUUUUUUAAUUUGAACUCAAUGGUCAAAAUCUGCAUUGCUGCGCCCCCACAAAUGUAGCCUUAUCGUUCAUAUCUCUCA